AUGACAAAUCAGCCACCACCCUCCAUAGUGUUGGAGCACGCUCCACCGGAAACGCCGAGAACGAAACUGGCUCAAAAUAAUGCAUCAGGUAUUCCACAAGGCUUGAACAAGUUAUCGACUCCUUCAUUCCCAUUUGGACUAAGCUUUUCACCCACAUUCAAUUUCAACACGCCCAAUGGAAUUUCACCAACGAGGUUUUUCAGUCCAUUGAAAGCUACAGAAAAUAUAACCAAAGCUGAACAGGGCAACACCACACCGGCCAGCAAGGACCAUUACAAAUUCCUCGCAUCUUUAAAUUCAAUUUCUCACACCGCAGAUGCUGGACAUCAGAGUAGUGCAUUGGAAAUAAAAAGCAACGUGACCAAGAAUAAUGGAGGAAACGAAGAAAAAGAAGAAGACGAGGACGAAGAUAUUUGGUCGUCAUUGAAUGCCACCCUGCAAAACCAGUCAAAUCUCACGUCCAUACAUGAGAGCGAUAACGAAGCGGGCAAGUGUGAUUUUGCAGAAGGUGACUUAAAAAUGUUUCAAACCCCUGCAAAGAAAUCUGCGUCAGGGAGCAAGCUAAAUCAACUACCGCCGAAUGUGGUCUCUGAUGUUUCUGCUCAAGGAAUUUACACCAGAGACACACCAUUGAGUACCUAUGCCAACCAUGUGGUCAAGAAAAGAAAAAUUGAUAGUCAUAUAACCGACACGCCCAACAAUAGAAUUGCAACUAGGAUAGACUCAACGAUGGAAUCGCCGCUAUCUGUCAGGAGGUUAAGCAAUGCAAACUCUACAACCUCUUCGGCAGCGAGUGAUGUUUGGAGUUUAGAGUUGGAUGAGAUUUUGAUCAAAUCGUUUCACAAGUACCACAAGUUCAAGCUGAGUGAUGUAUCCAACGAGCUGACAAUUCUUAAAAAGACAUCUCAAAAUAAAGUUAUUUCAAGGAUGAUUUUCAAUAGAACAGGCAUCCUACGGACUUCGAAACAGAUAUCGUCACGUAUUUUCAGAUUAACCAAGGCGGGAAGAUUGACAAAGGAGACAAAAACCCCACAAACUGUUGCUUCAACCAGUGAACUCGAGGAUUUCAUGCGCACUCCGUUGGAGGAGUUGGUUAAUGGACAACAACUACCUGAUUCAGCUCAUUCAGAUGCUUUGAUUGACAAUGAAUUGAACAUGUUGUUAACUUCGUCUCCUUUGGAGGACGUUUUUGAGGCGGUAAGCUUUUACGGCUUGGUGCCAAGGGACUUUAUGAUGCGUUUCCGAAGUAACCAUCAAACAUUGACUUUUACACAACUCAGGAAACAGACCACUCGCGAUAACAAGAUACUGGAAAAAUUGGAUCCAUUGACUCUUCGUGCACUAAAGUCGCAAAAUGCGUCCAUAUUGAUGUACCUGCAUGACUUGAAUUUGCAAAUCAGAGAUAUGGAAACUUCUACCCCGUUACCACGUUCUUGGACCCCCAACUCAACAAAUACAACAAACUUGCAUGGUUCUUGUUUUGAAUCGACAAUGUCAAUCGAAGUCCUUUGUAAAGGAAGUGCUACACCACCUAUGCUCACUUGGCACAGCUCCCUUGAGGUGUUUAAAGGAGACAAGAAGCUACUCAGGGUGACUGAUAUGAUCAAUGGAUACCGCAAUGAGGAUGAAAAGUCAUAUACCUUACACAUCCCUUUUGUAAAAAGUUUCUUUACGGGAUACAUCAACUAUUUAAUCAAUGGAUCAACGAUUAGCUCCGAGGAGGAUAUCAAGGUCGUACAAUUCAUUUACAAUAAUGUCGAUGAAUCGAACUCCAAAUUGGACUUGCAGAAAUCCAAUGUACAUGCUUACAUUAUUCACAACUUUCACGUCAAUGGUACAAGAGGGGAAACUCUGGUCAAGAUCGUGGAAACAAAGUCCAUUCGCCAGGGUACUGAAUCAGACGAUAACGAAACAGUAGUUGCUGACUCGUCUCCACUUGGUAGACAUUCAAGUACUCCGCAAUCAACACUGAAAAUGAGAGAGAGAGAAUCUCCCGCCAAAUUGAAGAUUGACAUUAACAAGGCAAAUCAGAACCACAAUCUUUUAUCGGGACCUAUGACUGCGCCAGUCUACAAUUCCAAAGUUAAUAACCAAUUCAAUGGUCAAGGAUUAGGGGACCUGCAAGGACUGAAGAGACUAAAUUUAGUGAACGGCGUGCCUCCAUCCGCACCGCCACCACAAUCAUUACAACAGCAACCCGUUGAUUCGUUUGCAUUCUAUCGGGUCACGUCGCAAAAUUCUCUCAGUUCGAGUCAGCGUAUUCACUUUGAUGCUGGUGCUAACAACACCAAUAUGAAUCCUAUGCAACCGCGUGGCUAUGAAUCGAAUGGUGUACGAGUCGGAGUGUCAAGUUUGGGAACGCAACAGCCAACUACACUUGGCAAUCCAUACAACCCACAGACACAGAAUGUGCUCCAGCAAUUUCCAUCCCGGACGUUGUACUCCCAGCAACAGUUUCCACAAAUGUCGUUUCACCUCCAGCAGCACGGCGGGGUAAAGAACCACGCACCUCUGGCGCAUAGCAGCACACCAGGAAUAUCAUUUGCAGCUAACUACCAGAAUGUACCGGUUCAGCAGCAUCAAUCUCAUCAACCUGGUCAGCAUGUCAGCAAUCAGCCAUUGCCGAACACCACCAACAUUGCAAAUAUUCAGCCCAAACAGAACCUGCGUUUUCAGACAGUGCAUACACACAGUAACCAGCAAAACAAGGCCAAGGAAAUCACGUUUGGACCCAUUUUAGGUUAUGACCCAUCAAAGGAUGCUAAAAUCACACGAGCACAAACUAAACCUUCCAAUCAAGGGAGAGGAAUUCACAACUUCCCGCUAAAUGAACCUGUAAUGUAUAAACCAAAGAAAUAG